AUGCAGAAGUCUUACCGCCGUAGUCUGCCACCGAACGCUGGGUGGGCGCGAAGGGAUGAUGCUCAAAGAUGCAUCACUCGUUGCGGUGAGGCCUUCCUCCGGACAUUCGAAGCAGAGCCCGACAAGUAUUUUGAAAAUAUCUGCCUUGCUCUUACGACAGGGAAGCCAAACAUGAAGUUUUGGCCGUUGUAUUGGUGCGACUCGUCUUAUUGUGGCGUCGCGAUUGAUCAACAAGUGCCAGGCGGUCAGGAUCCAAACGUGGAUAUGAUUAUCACCAGAUGUAAAAACAUCGGCCACGAGGGUAUCAUCGACCCGGGUCCUCUUCCUUCAGGCUACUCGUGCGUGUCAACAUCAGGAGAGGAGCAAGAGCACCCCGGGAAACCCGGCUUAUGCCGGGCAUUCAUAGAUGACGCCAAAUUUUCUUCUAUCUCAUCAACAGCGGGUGCGAGAGCCGGCAUCGCCACCUCAGUUACGCAGAACAUGCUUGUAACGGAUACUGCGCGCCCAGCAGCCUCUUCAACAACCGGUGCCAUCAGAACAGCCGAGACUCACCCACAUUCGGAAGGUCAUUCACUUUCUACUGGCGCCAGAGCCGCCAUUGGGAUCGGCUCAGCUUUGGGAAUCAUAUUCCUGAUUUGCUUGAUGAUAGUGGUCCGGAGACACAGACGCCGGAUGUCGCGCCGUCGCCGUCAUGGCUUCAAGGAGCUCUUCGGAACGACACACGGUCCCACAAACCCUCAUGGUGGCUCACCAACACCGCUCAUACCGCCAGCUUUGUCAGCGUGCAAUGACAUUGCACCUCUCAGCCCGCCCUUGAGGCUUCGUGACCGCAAACUUCUUGCUUCGGUGUUGAGGCCGGGCAAUCGGUGUCCCUCCCCGCCGCUGACCUCCCUUUCGCCGCCGCACAGUCCGAUACAGAAAACUGAAGUCUCCUUUCCUCGCUCCCCGAUUUGUUCUCCGUCGAAGGAGAGACUGUCGCCCCGGCAAGAGACGGUCAAAUUCAGGGAUGAUACAGCGCAACGAACCAUCACUCAGUCAAACGCUUCCACAAAAACAGCAAGCUUCGGCAGUACACUCACCUCUGUUUCGGCUCCGUUCGGCUCAUUCUCGAGAAAUGGAAUCAACAAACCCAGAAACCGGGACCGGGCAGGCCCAAUCACGACAUCAGCCCACACAAAAGCCCCAAGUCCAAAGCGUCCACCCCGACCCCUUGAGUGGCCUUUCGACGCGUCCACUUCAGCCUCGUCAUUGGCGAUACAGGCAGUCCCACCGGUGUCUCCUAUGGUGUCGCCCCCCGCUUCACCUAACGACUUGUAUCCAUACACGGUGUUUAAUACGCCGCCAAUUUCCCCAGUCAGCCCCAUUAGGGAUACGCAGCGUCAUGGCGUCAGAGGGCAGUCCUGCGAGGAUCUGUUCAAGCUGUCUGGGGACGAGAAGAGAGAAGCCUUGGGACGUUCGCCUAUUCGGAAGAGCGAAUCGGCUGGCGGUUCCGCUCGUGCGAUAACGGAGUAA